AUGUUUGGCGGAAACCAACGAUGCUUGACGGCGGCCCUUAUGUUUCACCUCGCAGUCACUGCUCAGUCUUACUCGUAUCAAGCUGUAAAGGACAUAUGUGCCGCCUUGGAAACCGACUUCUCAGCUCUAACCCUGUUCCCGGGCGAGUCUUUAUACAACUACAUCAAUGAAGUGCCGAGGAAUGGCUUGGCCCGGCGUGCAUCUGCCCCCACCAGCUCCGAACACAUGGCACAUGCUGUGGCGCAGCUCAAAGAUUCAGAUGCUCCCUUUGCCGUUCGCGGUGGUGGAUGGAUGCCGGUCCCAGGCGCGGCAAACAUCGACUCGACCGGCAUUCUCCUGGCAACAACGAAUCUGACGGGCUUGCAACUGUCGUCGGACCUUUCAACAGUCUCAGUCGCCUCCGGCCAUGACUGGGCAGAGGUUGUCGACUACCUAUCGCCGCACGACCUGGUCGUGGUCGGCAGCCGCAUUGGAGUCGUCGGAGUUCCUGGGUUCUUGUUGGGCGGAGGCAUGUCAUUCUUGAGCAACCAAUACGGAUGGGCCUCAGUGAAUGUUGUCGGGUACGAGGCGGUCCUAGCAUGCGGAUCAAUCGUCUUCGCAACGGCAGACAAUGAGUAUUCUGACCUCUUUUGGGCCCUUCGAGGCGGCGGCAACAACUUUGCGAUCGUCACCAAAUUCGAGCUUAAAACCUUCAACAUACCAUCUGUUGCCGUCGGCCAAGUUGCAUACGGCUCAGGGCAGCGGGACUCUUUUAUCAAAAACCUCUACGACUUCAGCCAGACUGGCGUUUUGGACGAGCGUGCCUUUGUCCUCCCGACCAUAUCCUUCGUCCCAGCAGCCAGCCCAAAUAUCACCUACUCUGCCAUCCUGUUCUACAACGGCAACAACACCUCUCCGUCUGCGCUGAAGAGCUUUCUCCCUCCAGUCGCAAGCCCACGAAGCCGCACUUUCUCCGUGCGCACCAUGGCCAACUGGACUGCGGAGGCCGGUGAGGGCUUCGACAAAGUGCACGGUCAGAACUUCCGCUUCCUCGGCUUUUCGAUGCUCGCGGAUCUGGACGCCAUGUACGCAGAGAGCGGGCCUGCCAUCGAGGGUUUCAUCUCCACGCUGGCAAUGAACGCCGUCUCCAAGUCGUACAUCACCAACAACCGCAGCGCGGACCCCGCGGACGACCCCAUGGGCAUCGACGCGGACAAGGCGCCGUAUUUCCUCUGCGAGGAAACCUUUUCAAGAACAACACCGGACGCAUUGCAGCUCAUGGCGGACAUCAAUGAGGAGCUACGAGCCAAGCUGGGGGAGACUAUUGUCCCGUUCCUAUAUCUCAAUAAUGCGGGUGGCGGACAGGACGUGUUUCGGGGAUACCAUCCGGCGAACACCGCUAGGAUGAGAGCAAUCAGGGACAAGUACGAUGAGUCUGGACUUCUGACAAAUCAGCUCAUUGGGGGUUUCAAACUGGGCUAA